UUGUGCAUUACCUACAAUCUUGUCUGUGCUUCAUGCCUGACAGGGGAGACAGAGAAGUCUUAAGUCUAGAGAACAAGAGUCAAAGGAGUGCAUUUGACCAAAGACCAUGGCGAUCCACUUUGUGCUACUGCUCUUCUUUGUCCUAAAUGGGGCUUAUGGUUCUCGUAUUGUUGGAGGCAGAGACGCUGCCCCACACUCGCGCCCCUACAUGGCCUCACUGCAGUUCCGAGGUCGCCACAACUGUGGGGGAGUGCUGGUGAGAGAAGACUUUGUGCUCACAGCAGCACAUUGUCAGAUACCUCGACCGUACACAGUUGUGGUCGGAGCUGAUUCCCUGUCAGCUAAUGAGUCAACAAAGCAGGAGUUCACUGCUGUCAGAUCCAUUCCACAUCCCAGUUACGAUGGACAUGAAAACGACAUCAUGCUCCUAAAGCUCAACCGCAGGGCCCGACUGACUACAGCAGUGAGGCUAAUCUCUCUUAAAAGGGGACCUGUGAGAAGAACCAGUCGGUGCAUCACAACUGGCUGGGGUGAUAUAGGUGAUAACAACACCUUACCAAGCAGGCUUCAGGAAGUCAACGUUACCAUCCUACAGCAGCGGGCAUGUCGUAGAAGAUGGGGACUGGUUCCCAUCACCAGGACAAUGAUUUGUGGCACUGGGGCCCGUGUGUUUCAAGGCUUCUGCUCGGGCGAUUCAGGUGGUCCGUUGGUGUGUGAUGGAGAAACAGCAGGCGUGGUCUCCUUCUCUGGCCGGCGAUGCGGAGACCCCAGGACCCCCGAUGUCUACACACGCAUAUCAUCCUUCAGGGAAUGGAUUGCAACUGUGUUGAACAACAAUUAGGAAAAUUAUAACAAACAGUAGUGUGCCAAUAUACUGUAUUGAAUCAUAUAAUUCAAGACUCUUAGUAACUUACAUGGUGUGUUGUUUAAAAUCUGUUAUACAAGAUAGUGCUGUGGUUGUUCAGGUAAGAUAAUUUAUUUUGCUUUUGUCACCACAUCUGGUUGUUUUUGCUACACUGUGAAGCACUAAUUUUGUUUGGUAUUAUACAUUAAGCAUGCUAAUUGGUUCAGGCAGACUGUAUUUUUUCAUUCUGAUGUUUCAAAGGCACACAGA